UAAAAAGUGCUGUCCUGUCACACACUGGUGUCUCUCAGCUUGUUUACUUCAGAGUUAACUUCAGUCCUCCGUCCUCAGGUCUGCUGGCGCCCUCAAGUGGUCACAUCUGGAUAGUUCAUCCUUUAAAGCGUACAGUUUAUAGCUCAGUAAUUCCAUCCUGAAUACGAGGACGUGAGCCGGUGUGAUGGGAGGUGUGAGUGUGAGAGUGCUCGUCUUCAUCCACGUCACUGUGUUCUCACUCAGUGUAAGAGUAAGAUCUUUAUUUUACAUAAACUCAGGCUCUUUCUCCCACAGCACUGUUCAGCGGUUCUGGAUUGUGAUUGGACAGAAGUUGUUGAUUAGUUUUCUUUAACAGUGGCUCUGACAGGUCACUAGUGAUUUUACACACACAAUUUACCCAGGACCGCCAGCGGGAACAUGGUGAAGUCUGGACCAAGGGUGACAUGCUGGUGGAGCUUCCUUCUCUCUCUGAUGGUUUAUCACCUUCUUGCUGAUCGCGAUGCUGAUGUGUUCCGCUGUAGAAUGUGGUCAGUUGUAAGUUCUGAAAAAACUGAAGUCUUGAAAUGAACUGUGUGUGAUCUGGCAGAAGAACAUUGAGCAGACAGAUACAGCAUUAUUAUACAGUUAAAGCCAUCAUGUUAGAAAUGAUUUGUCUCCUUGGUGUUGUACUUCCUCUACCUUUUCCUGAACUGACCCCUGGCCCUUUAAUCUGUCCCGAGGUUUUAUUUUUCCCUCUCAGUGCUUCAACAGAAUCUGUGUGAAGUUGGAAUUUGUUAGCUUUUGUACAAAACCAACAGCUACUGAUACUCUGUGGGGAAAUGAAUAUGUGAAGGAGAACUUGUAGUUGAGUCCAUCACAUUGUAUUCUCUAUUGGGUUUAUGUGCAUGCUGUUGUAUUCUCCAGGUGAGAGCAGAGGAGAAGAUGCUGAACAUGGCUCCUGAUGCAGUAGAUGACGACUUCUCACAGUGUCGAGACAGAAUGCUGAAGGCUGUUACUGAACCGGACGGCCUGCUGCAGAAGGAACUCAAUGCUAAUAAAGAGUUUAAGGAUGUGUGGAAUAAACACAGUGGAGGGUGCACAAAGAACAUUCCUGGUGGAACAUCUCACCACAUCAGUGCUCUACAGGUCUAUGCAAAUUCUGGGACUAAAUUCAGAAAAACAUUCAAUGACUUGGUUUACAGUAAAGGCAGCAAUAACACGACCUACAGAGAGGAAUUUCCCUUCAAGUCUCUUCACUUCCUCCUGACAGACUCCCUGCGACUGCUGAACCCCUCAAACCUCUGUCAGACGGUGUUCUACGGCACUGAAAACAUCUACACAGCACCAACGGGGACUGAGGUCCGAUUCGGGAAGUUCCUCCGAGCCCAAACUGACAUAAGUUCUGAAAUUGAAGUAGUGGAUUCAGAAGGUAAAGGCACCUUGUUUAACAUCAUUUCCUGUUCGGUGGUUAAUGUUGAAGAGAACACGUGUAAAUCUGAGCAAGUCCAGUGGCUUAUUUCCCCAGCCGAGGUCUUCACAGUGCAGAACGUCAGAGAUGUUAAAUCUGAUGAUGACACACCGUAUAAAGAGAUCACUUUAACACACUCACGCUUCCUCAGCAAACACACCUGCUCCUUCUUCCACAGGAACACUGCGGAUGCUGCAUCCUCCACCUCUCUGGCGUUUCCACUGCUGACCCUGAUGGCCUCCUUGCUGAGUCACUUUACUGUGAUGGAGUGAUGCACAUGUUCCUCUACACGUUCAUAUGAAUUUAUUAGAACUUUAUUAAGGCUUGGGAUCGUCAUGUUACAUCGUUACACAUUUACAUUAACAGCAUUCGGCCGAAGCUCUUAUCCAGAGCGAUUCACAUUUCAUCUCAUUACACAUCUGAGCAGUUGAGGGUUUGGGGCCUCAAUAAAGGGCCCAACAGGGGUAACUUGGUGGUGCUGGGUGCUGACCCCAUGUGAAAUCCGCCAUGUUAGAUGCUACGUGUCCAUACACACUAGAAAUCAGGUGCAGGUCAUUUGUAUUAUUAUUUAUAUUUUUCUGAUUUGUAUAUAUAAUUAAAGUAAGCAUGUGGAGCGGUGAUACUGACCAGCUAACGUUAACUCCGCUACACACACACCCGAUGUGUGUUCUUAUCCUGUGUGUUAGUCCUGAUUUAGUCGAGCGGCUCAGAUAUUAUAUUAGUAAUUGAUAGAUUGAUUGAUGAAUAAACAGCAGCAGAAGCAUCGUUAACAAUUAACUAAAAAAUUAAAGACAAGAGCAAUUAAUAAAUGUUCAUUUACGGAUCUACUCAUGCAUUCUCAGGAGUGAAAAGUUAUAAAACACAAUACAACUAAAUAAUUAAUAAAUCAAUUCACUAAUGAAUAAUUAAUAGUAAUAAGGAUAUGAAUAAAGAAUGGGGUGUCUACAGCAGAACAAAACACCAAACACCCAACAUGGCAGAUUUUACAGUAUACACUGUGGUGUGACUUCACAAUCCCAAGCACGAAUAGUGUUUUUUUUUUCCUUAGCACCUUUUUAUUUCCUUUUGAAAAUAAAUUCGUCCAUGAUAAAAAAGUCCAGGUAGUCGUCUUGGUUGAGCAUGUACUCAGUUGAGCUGCAGACCUGCCACAGCUUUUUCAGUUGUCGAGAUGAUGGGCUCUUCUGCUGUGAAGGGUCGUACCCGUACACACAAGUUUGGUCAACAGUAAUUAUCCUCGACAUGAAGGACGGGUCAUCCAUGGCACCGUGACGGAAACGGCAACUUCGACGCGAUGUUCCUUCUGUUCCUGGGUCGGCAGCCUGGGCAAGAACUCGUCAGAAGCAUUUUCAAAUCAGACGCGAGGAUUGCCUGGACAAAUGCAAGCAACGGCAGCAAUGUUGUGGAUUGUUCUCCGUCGAUCAUCAUGCACAAGUUGCUGAAUGGUUUUGACAUUUAAGCUCAGUGAAGGUCUUCGUGAUCUCUUGUUGUCUUCUGGUGAUGUUCUUCCACUCUUAAAGUGUGUGUGCCACUCUAAACAAUUUAAACGACUCGUUGCAGCAUCGCCGUAAACUUGCUGAAUCAGGUCAAAUGUCUUUGUUGAGGAUUUCCCCAGUUUUAUGCUGAAUGUCAUGAUAAAACAACAGUUGCAGUAAUGCACGUGAUAAGAAUAGCACCAGUUGCACAGCUCCUGAUGUACACAGGACAAUGUCUUACUACGCAGGUUGUGGAUCUGUGUGACUGUGUGUGCAGCUUUGUUCUGCCAUCUGUUGGCGUGUUACAGUCUUUUUGAUACCCACUCAAAAGUGUUGAUGAAAGAAAUAAAAUUACAGUGAGCUUGUGUUUUAUCAUUAACACCACAGCGCUCAGUCCCCAGGUUAACUUGUUCUUAUGAUUUAUGGAAAAAGGACCCAGUGAAUCAUAACUGAGAUAAAAAAUUUAGAAAAUUUGAAAAGUGUAAGUAAUUUCUAAAGGUCUCAACACUGGUGUGUGUGUGUGUGUGUGUGUGUGUGUGUGUGUGCCACUGGUUUGCAAAUCACUGUCACUCUGAUGAGGUUAAUGUGACUGCUGUAUUACUUGUUUCUUUCACUUAAGGAAACAUGAAGUGGGAGAGAGAGGAAGGAAAGAGGAAGUAGCGUGUUAAGAGUUAUUUCAGUUUGUGUUCUAGGAACCGUAAAGUUUGCAAAAGAGCACUGAAACGGUAUAAUCUGAAUAAAUAAGUACAUAUU